AUGCAGCCAAGCACAGACUACCGCUCCUCCAUGGACGCAACGCCUCUACACAUCCCGGUGCCUGGGCUUGCUGCAGAGCCAGCCCCAUUUCCGUCAGAGAUGGCGGAUAUAAGUUCAAUAGGAUUGAUAGAGGGAAAUGUUCCUCCGGACUUGUUAUAUGCCACAGACUAUCGAGAUGCUCCUUAUUCUAUGAAAACCCAGAGCGCACAAGAGCAGUCUUGGAAUUAUGCACAAAUUGGUGCAGAUGCCCAGGACCCCUCUGGGGAAAGUUUCCAGAAGAUCUUGCUGAUUCUCGCUAACGUGACGCGGAGUAUGAACCCAGCCUCUCAGCUAACAGGGGAAGAUAUGCUGAUGGCUCUGGAUACCAUCUUAGGCCAAAACGCUGUAUAUCGGCAGCAGCUGAGCCAGGGCAUGAUGCCAACUGUGGAGCUACAGCAUUUAUUGCAACAGUAUUACGCUGAGAAUCAGCGCCUAAAUGCUCUGGUUGCUCAGCGGGACGAAGAGCGGUCAGCGCUACAGACUCAGGUCAAUGUUCUUACGAAGGAGAUCCAAAGUUUGGAAAGAAGCAAGGAGAGGGAAAUUCAGCUAGUGGCAGAUACAUAUCGUGAAGAGAUAUCCUCCUUACAGUCGCAGUUACAGGAGCAAGAAGCUGUACACCACAGGGAAUUGAGAAAACUGAGGGACGAAUUAGUCGCAGUAAAGCCUUGUAGCCUAGUUCCAAAGGAAGUGCAGACAGAAGCCCUUACCGUGUUACAAGAAACAUUGCAUCUUUCUGCUUUUGACAAUAAGGACUCAUCUGCACAAUUUGUCCUAAAGCCCCCUCCUAAGAAGCCAUUAGGAUCUGCUCGUGUAACGUUUGAUUUGGAGGAGUCAAAGCGGACUGGGGCCUUGGAGACCCCAGCUUCUUCCAGUCUUGCCACGCGAGUAGUAUCCACCGUGCAUAACAAUCCGAACAUUGAAUACGACCUGACCACAGACGACAUGGUGAUCUCGCAGCUUCAGGAAUCCUUGCGACAGACAGAUGGGAGUGCGCUACAAGCUCUGAGGCUUAAUUUUGAGCACGAGAUUGCUCAGCUCAAACUUGAGCUGGAGCAGGUUCAGAGUCAAGCGCUGAUCAUGAUUCAGCAAUCUGACUACGAAAAAAAUCAAAUUUAUACAGAGCUUGUUCAAUUGCGAGAGUUAACCGAAGAGCGACAGUUCAGAUUAGAGGAGCUACAACGUUUGCUUUGUGAAACGCACGAUUCACUAGAGUCAGCAAGGGAGGAAGCAGACAAUGAACGGAACACACGGCUUAAAUUAGAGCAAGAGUAUGUUGAAAGCAGAGACAGAGAGCGGUCGGCAGAGAUGAUAAAGGAGCACGAGAUGGAGUUGAGAGCUGAUGAAUUAAAAGAAGAGAAUCAGCAAUUAGGUCUUCGUCUGAACCAACUACAGUUCGAAUACAAUGAGUUGCGACAAGAGUAUAAAACCGUUAUAGACCUUCUGUCAACUCUUCAAGGGAAGUCCUUGGCCUCAGCUGUCGCUGAGAACGCCGCUGCAGAAUUGGCAGCCAUAGGCGAGUGCGCAAUUUCGGAAACUAGUAGCCGAGUCAUCCCCUUGGUGGAAUCCAUCGGGUUAUCAACACUUUCUACUGCUCCAUUAAUCGGCGGCGUUCCUCUCAUAGAUAGAGAGAUCGACGCCCAGCCACUUUCCUAUUCUGAAGCUGUUCAAACUAUUUUGCUCGCAUCUGAUAUUAAUAAGGACCAGCGAACUGAGGAUCAUGCUCUAAUCACCGAGCUGGAGAUCGCUCUUAACCAAACUAACAACGCCCUUAAGCAGCGAAUAACAGAGACAGUUGCAGCCGAGCAACGAAUCAAGGAGCUUACUGAGCAACUCAAACUGAAGUCCGCAGAGCUUGAGGAUUCCACGAUGGAGCUCACCCUUUUAAAGCUAGAGUUGGAAGAGACCAAAAAACCUGCUGAUUUGGUUGAGGCGCAACCUCAUCAAACAUACACCUAUGAGGCACUAUCUAGUCUAUCCAAUUAUUCUGUUGAACUCCCAAAAAAUCCCCUUAAUGAAGCAAAGCCUAAGCAAUUGAAGACCGCAUCAACUACAUUUACUAAACAAUCUGUGAAGGCUAACGAUGAAACUUUGGUACAAAGCCCUGUUCAACGGAACUUUCCACCGCAUCAUCAAAAAGCCACAUUACAUGAAGUACAAACCACUCAAACAGGAUUUCAUGAGAGGUUCGACUCUCUCUGUGACGAUUCUGAGCUAUCAGACUCGACUCAGCCAAGGAUAGACACGCAUUCUUUAGAGGAUCUCCAGAUAGAUAUGCAGAAUAUCAAGCAGCUCAUUGAAGAAUCUACAGAACGGGAGGCGUUCUAUGCAUCCCAAGAGUAA